GUCGCUCGCUACGACGAGACCGCAAUGAAGAGAUAAAUAGAAGCCUUAUCUAUUUAUUUCAAAGUAUUACGGCUGUCCUUCAUUGCUAAUUAAGAGAGGGCAGCUCUGUUGGAAAGCUGCUAACGCGCUCGUCUGCUUGAUAGGGCUGCCUGGAGGAAUAAUGGAUGAGACCUGUCACUAGCACUUGAUGAAGAUUUCGAUUGACUCCUCAAGCUGAACUAUGGAGGGCAGUGAUGACGUGUCUGUAACCAUGACACAGUCUCAGACUGAUGUGUGCAGCACGGAGGUGGGAGGAGGAGAAGUCCCCAGUAAAGUGGAGGAUGGAGUAAAUCCACUCGUUCCUGCUGAUUCAUGUGGCAGCAGCACAACAGGACUGAGCAAAGGAGGGCUCUCUAACCUGGUGGAGCCUCCUGCACCGUCAGUUGUGAGUCCCACUGCUGAGGCUCCGGGAGGCGUGGCACUUAAAGUCGCCACAACUGUGCUACACCCAGUGUGCCUGGGAGACAGCCCGCUGAUGCUACCCAUUCACCUCCAGAUGGCCGGAGCAGCCGGGUCUCAGCUUGGCCAGAUGGGGGCAGCGCCGUACUUGAUAACAAGCCAAAGCCCAGUUUCACUUCCCCUGGUCUUGGAUCAGCAGGUCAUCCAGCACAUGAGCCCCUCAGUGAUCCCUCAGACCGCCAACUGCCCUCAGCUCCAGAACAACGUGCUUUGUCAGAAUCCACUGACGUUUGGUUUACCUCCAGCUGCCGACCAGAAGUCAGCAGGACAGACGCAGGAUGCUAACCUGCUCUCUCUCCUGCAAAAUCCAGCUUUUGCAGCCAUCUUGCAGGAUCUCUUCCCCUCCCAGGCCGGCUCAUCAACCUGUCAGUCACCGGGCUCGACCUUCUUCCCCCUUCCUCCCCUCACACAUCCCUACACCUCCCCUCUGGCCCCGUUAGUCCCUCCUGCAACACUUCUAGUUCCCUACCCUGUCAUCAUCCCUCUGCCAGUGCCUCUGCCCGUCCCUCUUCCCAUCCCCAUCCCUGUCCCUCAGACUGAGGACUCAAAGGGCAACAUGCCAAAACCAGUUUGCACUGUGAGUAAAAGCACUCAGACUUCUCCGAAAGAUACUACCUCUCCUUCGUUGUCUUCGCGCGGAUCAUUCCAGCCACACAAUGUGUCCCCGUCCUCACUUCCUGUAGAUGAAGGACAGGUUCUUGACCUUUCUGUCAGAGCAUGUCCAGUGGAACUAAAACAGGAAUAUCCCAGUCCACAGCAGGACAGUGUGCUUGACUUGUCAGUGCCAGCUGUGAGGAAGAAGUGUGUUCAGUCUGACCGAGAAGUAGCUUUCCAUUCUGCUCCAGAUUCUAGCAGCACUUCUUUGUCUCUGGGUGUCGAAUGCACUCAGAGUUUAGAUUCCAAACUGCUGGGCAGUCUAGCUUCCUUGGAGUUCAGCCGGCAGCACAAGUGGGUGGUUGACAGCAGCGCUGGUGGCUCUUCUUCUCUGAGUCAGCAGGCGUCUCUAAGCGGAUCCGGAAACCUUGAGAUAGUCAGCACCUCGCAAACGGCCAAGGUCAUCGUUGCGGUGAAGGACGCCAUCCCCGCCAUCCUCUGCGGGAAGAUAAAAGGCCUUUCGGGAGUCUCCACCAAAAACUUUUCCAUCAAACGCGACGGUAGCCAGGGGGCGUCUCUGCAGCAGCUCUACGGUGUGCCGUCUGCAUCCCACGGGGAGCAGCACGACCCCAACAACCCACAUAAAAAGGUCCCCAAGAACAGAGCUAUCAAACUGAAGAAGGUGAGCUCACAAGAGAUCCAUUUCCUUCCCAUGAAGAAGCAGAGACUGGCAGCGCUGCUCCCCAGGAAGUGAAACUGCUCAGCGGAGGGGGAUUAAUUGCCUGGAUCGCUCUCUGGUAAUCCCUCCAGAAUGUGUAACAUAAAACACAUGUCGGGACAUUCUGUAAACAAACUCAUACACUUACAUGUCCAAUCAGAGUUUGGCUCCAAAUGUGGCAAAAAACUGAGGCUCAUGAAUGUCUGACAGUGUGACACAGUAGUUACAGAAAUGCUUUCCAUUGGACUUUUCUGACUGGCUGUGUUUCUUUUUGUAAUGCACUACUCUGCAGUGUUAUACUGAAGCAGAAAUGUUUUUGUGUAUGGCAGCUUAAUGGGCUCUCCAUGUGGCUUUGGAAAUUGUCUUUCUAAAUCGGAGAUGUUGAGGAACGUAUUUUGACUUUAUAAUUACAGCAAAGACACAUGGGUUCCAUUUUUCCAUUUGGGAUCAUGGUUUGUUUCCACAUGUAAUUUUUAUUUAAGUGCACUGAAGACUUAAAAAGCCUGAUAGUUGAGGUUCGGAGUGGAGCAGUAUGUACUGGCAGGACAUGACUGGGACUGUUAGAACAUGUCCCAUCGACGGAAAUUCCCACAGUCAUCAGUAGCUCACUGGAGCCAUUCAUUCUCUUCUGAUUGGUGGGGGUUUAGCAUGACAGGCUAAUAAUGAUUUGGCAAAGCCGGAGCCACAGUUUCAUUAAAUAAAUGUUGGCAACAGCCAUCAGCCGUGACUAAAUACAUUUUGUUUAGCGGCAGGGUUAAAAGGGACGUCUUGAUUGUUUUCACAUUUAACAGAACGUUGUACAGGGCUGUCCAAAUAGAAGGAAAGUAUUUGUGGAAAAGAGUUAUUUUAGUUGCUGGCUGAAAUACCUGUUUUUAAUUCGGCAGUGCUUCAAAAUACAAAGCUAAGAAAACACCUCAGAGCAAGACAAGUGCAUAAAACACUACAGCCCCCUGCUGUUUCCAUUAACAGACUAAUCAAGUGAAUCUAGGAGGAAGUUUUAUUAAUGAUUUCACCCAAAGACUGUAUAAAAGAUGUGGAAGUAGCCUCUUUGACAUUACCCAUUACCCAUAUUUUGAGGAAGGAUGGAUCUGACUGAAAAUGCACGGCCACCUAUACCAGCAAGCUGACUGCACCUGGCUCCGCCGUCCAUUUUUAUCUGUGACUGCAUGUCCUAUUUAGGGUACACAGGGGGCUGGAGCCGAUCCCAGCUGAUACUGGGGGACAUUGGGGGAAGGGGGUGUACACCCUGGACAGGUCACCAAACUAUAGCAGCGCAGACAAAUAAGGCAUGUUUCCACUGAGUACUUUUUGAGUACUUUUUGGAAAGAGUGUUUUGGCUACGCCCACUAGUUAGUUCCCCUCGGCCUCUGUUCCCAUACAGCUACUUUUGUAGCGGCUAACCAAUGGAGUUCAAAUGUGAUGUAAAUAGUUCAGCGACACUUUUUUGACUGUGACGUCAGUGACAGAGCAACGCGUUAAGUCCAAACAGUCGAGACAUCAACAUGGAAGGAGAGGAGAUGGUUUCUUUGUUACUGUUCGGAUGCGAGCCAUUGAUGAGGAAAUUGAAAUAAACACUGUUAUGUUGUGGUUGUGUACGGUUGUGUAAUCGUAUCCAAUCAGUGUCGAUUAGUAAGUAGCGGCUCUACCCGAAAGUACCUACCCGAGGCAGGUACUUUCUGAGCUGGUACCUGAGCCGCUAGCCAGUGAAGUUGGGCGGAUCCUCUCUCCCGAGCCACACCCAUAGUGGCUCAAUAGAGAAAAGUACCUAAUGAAAACGGGCCUAUAGAAUCAGACACCUGCAUGUCAUUGGACAGUGGAAGUUAGCCGGAGAACUCGGAUGCUAACUCCACACAGCAGGGCCCCAACUGGUUUUAAACCCAUAACCCUCUUCCUGUGAGGCGACAGUGACACAGUGUGAAGUUGCUCCUAACAAAGUCAGCUUCCAUAUCUCCAAGUAAACCUGAAACAAGUUCACAGCUAUUGUAAUUGUACACAGUGCGAUGAAUUCCCAUUGCUACGCCUCUAUCCUGAUUGACACAUUGCUGUGGUAGCAAUUUAUCAGUCACAAGGUAAUCUAAAGCAUAUUCUGCUUUAUCGUCUAUUUUGCUCUAAAGGGAACCAUAAUUUACAAAAUGAACAUCAUGCUGUAUUGAAGAAGACAUGAAACUAGCAAUUGAGACCAUAAACACAUUAUAAAAAAUAUUUAUUAAGGUAAUAAAUCAAAUUAGAAGGGUCAUUUGUAAUAGACUUCUUUUUGCAACCAGUGGAGUCGCCCCCUUCUGGUCAUUACAAAGAAUGCAGGUUGAAGGUACUUUCACAUUGGUUUCACUUCUCAAACUGGGAGGCUCCGUCCACUUUUAUACAGUCUUUGUGAUCACCAGUUGAAUCAACUUAAACUGUGAAGGGGUGAUGAAGUUGAGGGGAAACAGCCACAUAAAAGAAGAAAUAAUGAGCAUUUCCGUGGCUUCAGUGAGAGAAAAUGAGAAAAUACAGUUGGUAUAUUUGUUUAGUGUUUUAUUAGUCUGUUAUUAGAACCAGUAUUGGUGAGACUCCCUUGUUGGUGUAAAGCAUUAGUUCCCAGUAGUUUGGUGUCAUUUUUAUUGUUUUGUGGAGCAUGGUAUUCUUUCUGUCCCAUUAUUAUGAUCAGAGUUGUGAAUGUGAGAGUGUUGUUUUGUGUCAUUUUAUUUAUCCUAUUGAGUGCACUUUGUCAUAGUUUAGUUGAAAACAUUACAGGGUGUACUGCCUAUUCUACUAAAACUGUGCUGCCUCUUUGUGAUUAUUAUGAAAUCUGUGAAUUACAGCAGCCAUAUGCAGACUGUCUGGAUGAACAAAGGAGGGAUGGAAAAUACCUACAAGCUCUAGUUUUUACUCCUUCUUUAUUUAUACUGGUGUACUUUAGCCAUCCCUGUACAUCUUUAACUCUGUCUGCAGUCCAUUCAACAGAGAGCUCUUUGGUUUUGUAGUUUGUACUGAUCACUUUAGUUGUACAGGAUUUCACCCUAACUUAUUCUUUGUACAACUUUUAUUUAUACAAUCUGUAUAUAUUCUGGACGGUCAGUUAGGAGACACAGUGUGACUGGAUAUAAAACAAAAACUGCUUCCUUGGUAACUGUCAGUCCCCCUGAAGCGCUUUUUUGCUUCACAAACUGUUAUUUUGACUGAGUGGUCAGUGAAGAAACAACAGUUAUAAAGUGCUGGCAGUUAAAUGUUUGCUUACUGUACAGUAUGUGUGCUUUUUAUAUGGAAGUGAACUAAAAUCUCUGAAGUC